CUUGAAGGGUGCGUAUGUAAAAAAAGUUUUUUACAUUUUUGGGACUUUUACUUUGUUGUUAAUUAAACUUAGCUUAUUGAAUAUAGCGGCAUAACAACAGGCGGUGUGUACAUAUAUUAGCUUGAUUCUAAGGGAGUCGUAAAAACUCCUUACAAUAAAAACAUCAAGAGUUUCAUCGCGAGUUUCAUCAGGGUUCAGCUUUCAAAAUGAGCAAAAGGAAAGCUAAAUCUUUGAGUGAUACGCCAUCCAUCAAAAACCGCAGAGUGGAAUCUGAGGACUCCCAGAGAGAAGAUACAGUGGAUGAAAGGGAUUCCCUCAAAUUCAACGAUCUUUCCAUCGCUCCCACUGGUUCUGGAGAUAUCGGCGUCAUUGAAAGCAUCACCGUAAAGAAUUUUAUGUGUCACCAUUUGCUAGGUCCAUUCCAGUUUGGCCCUCAUGUGAACUUUAUUGUUGGCAACAAUGGAAGUGGGAAGAGUGCCAUUCUGACUGCGCUGAUUGUGGGCCUUGGAGGAAAGGCCACCACCACCAACCGAGGAGUGUCGUUGAAAGGCUUUGUGAAGCACGGAGAGAGCACUGCAGACGUCACAGUGAAACUGCGAAACAGAGGGCCGGAUGCAUACAAACGGGAGGUGUAUGGAGAAUGCAUCUCCAUAGAGCAACGGAUUUCAAGUGAUGGUGUUCGGACAUGUAGAUUAAAGAGCAAAUCAGGGCAUCUAGUUUCAAAUAAAAAAGAGGAAUUGACCGCCAUUUUAGACCACUUCAAUAUACAGGUUCUUACUCUGGUCGACAACCCUGUCUCAAUUCUCAACCAAGAAAUGAGCAAGCAGUUUCUGCAUUCAAAAAGUGAAUCGGACAAAUACAAGUUUUUCAUGAAAGCCACCCUACUGGAGCAGAUGAAGAGGGACUACAUCCACAUCAAGCACACUAAAGCUAUGACACGCGAGCAGGUGGAGAGGCAGGAGGAGUGUCUUAAAGAUCUCAAACAGGAGUUCCUGCAGAAGAAGGAGAGGUAUGAAAACCUGUCAACCCUUGGGGAGAUAAAGGCAGUCUUAGAGGACCUGAAGAAGAAGAUGGCUUGGUGCUUGGUCAGAGAGAAGGAGAGGAUAGUAGAGCAGCUACAGGAAGCUAUAGAAUUAGAGGAAAGUAUCCACAAGCACGAAGAAAACCUACAGCUCUGUCAGGAAAAAGUCAGUCAGGCUGAGGAGAAACUCCGGGACAACCAGCAGAACCUUGACAGCCUGAGAGCAGAAGAGGAGUGCUUGUCAGAAGACAGGUUAAAGUUGAAAGAAGAAAAGAAGACAAAGAACAAAGCUCACAAAGAACAAGAGGUGGUUUACAUCCGAGCUCGGAACAAACUGAAACAGUCGGAGAAGGAACAAAGUCUUCUUCAGGAGAGGAUUGACAAGGCCAAAAAUAUAGGGAGUCAGAACAGUGAGGCAGAGGCAGAGCACACCAAGCGUCUGCAGAAGAUAUCGACUCUGAAGGAACAGCUUGAAAAGCUUGACAAAGAGUUACCAGAGUUGAACCAGGGAAUCAAGGACAAGCAGCAGGCACUUUUCAAGGGAAAGGAGGAGCUGGACAAGUUGAGACUGGAAGAGAAGAACAUACAGGUUUCGUUUGAGGUCAAACUGAAGCGAAAGAACCAGCUGCUGGCCAGUCGCUCUAAUAAACUGAAGAGGUUCGGCGACCACAUCCCCGACCUGCUUGACACUAUAGACAAGGCUCACAGCAAAGGACGCUUCAUCAAGAAUCCCAUCGGCCCCAUAGGGGCAUGCAUCAACCUGAAGGACCCCAUGCUAGCUGUGGCAGUGGAGAGCUGCCUGCGCAGCUUCAUGAAAACCUUCUGCUGCGACAACUACAAAGACGAGUCAGUCCUCCAAGAACUGAUGUCUCUCUAUUUCUCUAAAGGCAGCAGGCCCCAGAUAAUCGUCAGCCCUUUCACAGAGCGAGUUUACAAAACUCAAGGACGUGGGGUCAAACAUCCUAAUUACCCUUCAGUGCUUGACUCCCUCAUCAUAUCUAGUCCAGUCAUCACCAACUGCCUAAUUGACAUGAGGGGCAUAGAAUCCAUUCUGAUCAUCAAAGAGAAGAGUGCAGCCAGGAAAGUGAUGCAGCAAGGCACUCCUCCUAGGAACUGCCGCGAAGCGUUCACUGUGGAAGGAGACCAGGUCUACCCAAACCGCUACUACACCGCAGAGUACAGCAUGGCGAAGUAUCUUGGUGGAGAUCUGGAAACAGAACUACGCAUGGUGGAGUCGGAGUUGGAGAACCACACAGCUCAGCUGUCCAGGUUCAAGCUGCACCUGGGCUCUGUGAAGGAAGACAUACAGCACAUGGAGGGCCAGCUGCACACCAAUAUCAUGGCGCUGAAGAAGACUUUGGCUUUGGUGAACCAGGUCAAAGCCAGUUUAACAGAGCUGGAGAAUGUUGAGGAGGAGCAGAUCGAUGACAUCAGCUCGUUGGAAGAAGUGGCACAAGAGAACAAUCAGAAAAUGGAAUCUGAAAAACAAACUGUGCAUGAAGCCAAGGAAGUGCUAGACAAACAUGCCAAAGCAGUGAUGGAUAUAGAUAAGCAGUAUUCUGAUGUGAGAGCUAGGUUAGACCAGCUGGCAGAAGAAAUGGACCCUUUGAAGGAAGAGCAGGCCAAGAUAGAGGCAGAGUGUUCCAAACAUGAGCGGAACCUGAGGAUUCUGGAGAGCAAGCUGAAAGGUCACCAAGACAACAUCCAAGCUAUGAGAAUGGAGCUAGCUUCAAAAGAAGAGGAGAUGAAGGAAUAUGUGGCCAAGGCCAAGGAGAUCAGCCAAGAGCGCCAGGACGUAAAUCGCAGUGCCAAAAGCAUUGACACAGAGAUCACACGGUUGAGGAAGAGGAUCAGUGUCCAGGAGAGCAGCCAUGGAGACCAGGAGCAGGUGGUCCGGGAGUAUGCUGAGGCCCUUACCAACUACAGAGACAAGUCCAACCAAGUGAGAGAUCUGAAGAAGUUCAUUGACCGCCUUGAUAACAUCAUGUCUGACAGACAGAACAGAUAUAAAAUUAUGCGCAGGUCCCUCUCUGUGAGAUGCAAGUUGUACUUUAACAACUUCCUGUUCAAGAUGAGCUGCUGUGGCUCCAUGAUGUUCGACCACAACAACGAGACACUCUCAAUAUCGGUUAAACCGCCCGGUCGGGAGAACGACAGCAUGAGCGACAUGCGCUCGCUGUCCGGAGGGGAGCGCUCCUUUUCGACUGUCUGCUUCAUCCUUUCCCUGUGGGAGAUCACCGAGUCCCCCUUCAGGUGCCUGGACGAGUUUGAUGUCUACAUGGAUAUGCACAAUCGCAGGAUCUCGUUGGAUCUCCUUCUGGAACUUUCAGAGCGGCAACAUCUUCGACAGUUCAUCUUCAUCACUCCUCUGACCACAAGUAAUCUACCGAAAAGUAGCCAUAUCAACAUCCAUCAUCUUCAGGACCCGGAGAGAGAGAGGAGUCACACUGGUGAAGAAGGUUCAGACUAACUGUACAGUAUAACUGUAGUACUAACUGUAGCCUUUCUGGGUGUGAAUAAUUAUAGACUGUAUAAUGCUACUCAUGAGAAGUCAUUCAGAUUCUGUGUAAAUAGUUUGAGUUGUGAGUGUGUGAAAACAUUUAAUUCCUCGGCAACAAUAACGUGUUUUGAAAAAAGUGUUAUACUGUAUGUGAUGUUUUGGAGUGUCAUUUGUCUUGUAAGAAGUUUGUUUGUUUUACGGAUUCGAUUGUAGCUGUGGUUUUAUACUGUUCUUGCCACACUAUUCAAAUCCUGUACAAAUAUCCUGUAAAAGUCCAAUUGAUGAAUACAGAGAGAACACGGUACAUGGAUAGACACUGACAGAUUAGAAAUUUCAGUCACAUCUAAACUGUUAUAAUAUUCAUCCAUCCCAUUAACGGCACCUGUGAGACCAUUCCUUUUGAAAAAGCCCAUAUAUAUUUUAUUGAUUUUAAUCACUACAUACGUAAUGUAACCAUGUAAUUUAGUGUGCAACACAUGCCACAUG